UGCAGGUUGGCGAUCCGCGCCUGCCUGGGUCCCACGUGUGAGGAUCAGACUGGUAUGGAUUUUGGGGACAACCACAGAAGGGAAGUGUGCUUCUCAUGACAUCCCAGGAGAAGAACCAGGUCAACACUGAUCAGUUAGUGAAGUUUUAAGAUUUCAAAAGCAGUAAUUGGUGUUCCUGGACCUUUAUUAGAAGAGGAGUGACUCACUUAACCUUCUGGAUUUUGUUUUUGUUUUCUGCGGUUGCUAUGAUGGAAGUCAAAGGGAAAAAGAAAUUCACAGGAAAAAGUGCAAAAACAUCACAAGGAAAUAAAAGACCUCAUAAACACAACGAUACUGGUUCUUCAAAGACAUUCCCAAGAAAAGUUAAGGAAAAUGAAUCUAAAAUCACAUCAAAGAACUUUGAAAAAAGUGCCACAAAACCUGGGAAGAAAGGUGUGAAGCAGUUCAAGAAUAAACAAGGAGAUAAAAUACCAAAGAAUAAAUUCCAGCGGCCAGAUAAAUUUAACAGGAAGAGAAAAUUUCAGCUGGACAGUAAAACUGAUGACCCAGCAGCCAAGAAACCCAAGUGGGAUGACUUCAAAAAGAAGAAGAAAGAACUGAAGCAGAGCAGGCAACUCAGUGAUAAAAGCAACUAUGACAUUGUUGUUCGUGCAAAGCAGAUUUGGGAGAUCUUGAGAAGAAAAGACUGUGACAAAGAAAAAAGAGUGAAGUUGAUGAGUGAUUUGCAGAAGUUGAUUCAGGGGAAAAUUAAAACUAUUGCAUUUGCCCAUGAUUCAACUCGUGUUAUCCAGUGUUACAUUCAAUAUGGUAAUGAAGAACAGAGAAAACAAGCUUUUGAAGAAUUGCAAGGUGAUUUGGUUGAAUUAAGUAAAGCAAAAUAUUCCAGAAAUAUUGUUAAGAAAUUUCUCAUGUAUGGGACUAAACCACAAAUUGCAGAAAUAAUAAAAAGUUUUAGAGGCCACGUGAGGAAGAUGCUCCGGCAUGCAGAAGCCUCGGCCAUCGUGGAGUAUGCCUACAAUGACAAGGCCAUUUUGGAACAGAGAAACAUGCUGACAGAGGAGCUCUACGGCAAUACGUUUCAACUUUACAAGUCAGCAGAUCACCCAACUCUGGACAAAGUAUUAGAGGUUCAGCCAGAGAAGCUAGAGCUUAUCAUGGAUGAAAUGAAACAGAUUCUGACUCCAAUGGCUCAAAAGGAAGCUGUGAUUAAGCACUCGUUGGUACAUAAAGUAUUCUUGGAUUUUUUUACCUAUGCACCUCCAAAGCUAAGAUCAGAAAUGAUCGAAGCCAUCCGAGAAGCAGUGGUAUACCUGGCACAUACACACGAUGGCGCCAGAGUGGCCAUGCACUGCCUGUGGCACGGCACACCCAAGGACAGGAAAGUCAUUGUGAAAACAAUGAAGACUUAUGUUGAAAAGGUGGCUAACGGCCAGUACUCCCAUUUGGUUUUAUUGGCAGCGUUUGAUUGUAUUGAUGAUACUAAACUUGUGAAGCAGAUAAUCAUAUCAGAAAUUAUUAGUUCUUUGCCUAACCUAGUAAGCGACAAGUAUGGAAAGAAGGUCCUAUUGUACUUACUAAGUCCCAGAGACCCAGCACAUACAGUACGAGAAAUCAUAGAAGUUCUGCAGAAGGGCGAUGGAAAUGCACACAGUAAGAAAGAUACAGACAUUCGCCGACGAGAACUCUUAGAAUCCAUUUCUCCGGCUUUGUUAAGCUAUCUGCAAGGACAUGCUAAAGAGGUGGUGUUAGAUAAGUCUGUUUGUGUGCUGGUGUCUGUUAUUCUGGGAGCUGCCAUUGGAGACGUUCAGCCUGCCAUGAAUGCCAUCGCCAGUUUAGCAGCAACAGAGCUACAUCCUGGUGGCAAGGAUGGUGAGCUUCACGUUGCAGAACAUCCUGCAGGACAUCUAGUUCUGAAGUGGCUAAUAGAGCAAGAUAAAAAGAUGGAAAAAAAUGGGAGAAAAGGUUGUUUUGCAAAAACUCUCUUUGAGCAUGUUGGCAUGAAGAACCUGAAGUCCUGGGCCAGUGUAAAUCGAGGUGCCAUUAUUCUUUCCAGUCUUCUCCAGAGUUCUGAACAAGAAGUCGCAAACAAAGUCAAAGCUGGACUGAAAAGUUUGAUUCCUACAUUGGAAAAAAACAAAAACACCAGCAAAGGAAUAGAAGCACUACUUGAAAAAUUGACUGCAUAAGUAAAAACAGUUAAGAAUGA